AUGGGUCUGCUGCUCCUGCUCGGGAGCGCGACCGUUCAGAUUAUCUUCACCAUCAUCUUGCUGACGGAUGACUUCCUCGGAGCCCCAUUCAGUGCUAAAUUGGAGAGCGCCAGGAGCUGGAGGCGUAGUGCACACGACCACAGCUACAUGGACCUGGCUGGCAGUAGCCUCGUCUCCCGCGUUUGCAACCUAGAUGACUCCUUGGUCCUGUCGAACGCGCAGGCAGGUAUCAUUACAGAGAUCAACUCUUUCUUAGGCCUCGGCCUGCUAGAGUUUCAGACAGCCGGUCUUCGUCCUGGAAUGGUACUCUCCACAUUAUGUAUUCUGCUUUGGUGCCUCUACCUUUUGAAGGAGUUCCGCUUGGUGGGCACCGGCGUGGAGGCUAUUCUGCACGUGGCCCGAAGUGGCGCCACCACCUUUGAACAUGGCUCCUUUCGCACCAUCUCUUACUACCGCUGCUGGUUCUUCUGCUUCACAAGCCUGAUGCGCAUGGCCAUUGCUGCAGGUAUCCUGUAUGCGGGCAUCAUCUGGCUGGCCAACACCGCUUCCAUCACCGAGCUGAUGCUCAAUGCAGUGGCUUUGGGAUCGGUCAUGGAGGUCGAUGAGAUGAUAUUCUCAGCCAUGAUGCCGAAGAGGAUCCAAAAUCGAGUGCAGGAGCUCGAAGCAGUAAAGAUCUGCUUCACGCGCCGGCGCAGCCAAUGCGAAGCACUGAUACUCGUGCUUUUCAUCCUCGGGCUUCUUCUGUGGCCCUGGCAUUUUUUGCUCGAACCUCUCGGAUCCACGAUGCUGCAGGUGAAGCAUGCCUACUGUGGCGGCGAGCGCGAUUUCGUAGUGGCCAUGAACGAUGAUGUCGGGGUGAUCUUUGCGCAUGGAACGGACUCGUACCAGCGGACGGACCGCAACAAUGCCACCCUCAUUGAGACCGCAGUGCAGGACUAUGCAUUCGUUGGAUUCUCGGAUUUCGUUUCCUUCCAAGCAACCGGGCCGGCCUUCGCGAACAAGCGUGGUUCGAACAUCGCAGAUGCAGCCUCGACGGUACAGUCCUGCAAUGAUUUUGAUGCCUGGUUCGUGUUUGGAAGGCCGAAGAGUGUCAUCGAUUAUUCCGACAUCUAUGCUGUGUAUUGGCGCACAGUUACAUUCAGCCUUGGCUUUGGUGAGAACACCACGUGUCCUGAGAUGGUGAACUACUGCGACCGCAGCAGUCUCCUUCGGCUUGUCUGCGGCCCGACCUGCGGCUGUCGGUCGCAAAGCUACAACUCCUGGUUCAUGGUGGAGGCCCAAGGAUGCUCGCGAGUUUGUUUACAGCGGCGCCGGGAGUUUGUGGCGGAGGUGGCGACCUACCCCGAGAGUUGCGUAGAUGUGGAACGCGACGAUGAAAGGUGGCUGGCUCUCUGGGACAAAUAUCCGGCCGCGGCCGCCAGCUACGCGAAGAUCACGGAACCCGCGCAACUGGAGCGCUUGUCAUGGACCGCCUUCUGGGCUAAGGAGGUUGGGUGCGCUGCCCUGCAGAACAACGACAACUAUCUGGAGCCAGUGACCAAGUCGCCCUGGUGUGCAGGCUUUGACCAGUUCUUCAGCCCACUGUCGGAACUCUGUCCCGCGACUUGUCUGGGAUGUGGGGACUACAGCUGCCAGGAUGUCCGCACCGGAGUGCUGCAGGCACUGGCCCCACACCUGAACGCGACCGACUGUGCCGACAUCGUGGCUAGGGGCCUUUGUGACCAACCCGGGCUGGAGGCGGCGACUCUGUAUUGCUGCCGGUCUUGCGACGGGACUUCCGGCGGGCAAGAUGGACCCGAAGGCGAGGAUGGGGAUGGAGAAGAUGAUGAUGGACAAGGGCCCGGCUAUGGACAUGGCGAUGCUGGGCAUGAUGGCGCAGAGGGAGGUGACAGCGCAAGCGAGGCUUACGGAUCAGCAGAUGACGGAGGCGGUGAAGAAGGGGGCACUGGAUAUGGUGAUGGCGAAGGCUCAGAUGGCGAGGAGGAUAUUGCGGACACAGGUAACGGAGGUAAUGGAGAUGGAGAUGACGAAUCUGCAGACGAAGCCGGCUAUGGAGGUGAUGGAGAUGAGGCAGAUGGAGAGGAUGCAGGGGAUGCAGACGAAGCCGGCUAUGGAGGUGAUGGAGAUGAGGCAGAUGGGGAGGACGCAGGGUAUGCAGACGAAGCUGGCUAUGGAGGUGAUGGAGAUGAGGCAGAUGGGGAGGACGCAGAUGCAGGCGGUGCUUAUGGUUACACAACUGCCGACGAAGGGUGA